AGUCUGUCAGUGAUUAAUUUUUUGAAUGCUGACUUCUAAAUUUUUCUGAAUUUUAUUAUUUUUUUUUGUUAUUAAAAACACGUACUACUGAAUUAAGUAUCAAAUUUUAUUCGUUCAAUACGAAAUUGGUUAUUUUUAUAACUCGUUUGCAUAUUAAUUUUUAUAUUUCACAAGAUGAUGCAAUUUAUGCUGCUGUUUAGUCGACAAGGCAAAUUGCGAUUGCAGAAAUGGUAUGUGGCCCAUCCAGACAAGCUAAAGAAGAAAAUAACUAGGGAGCUGAUCACAACAGUGCUUGCCCGUAAACCAAAAAUGUGCUCAUUCCUGGAGUGGAAAGAUGUGAAAGUUGUUUACAAGAGAUAUGCAUCACUGUACUUCUGCUGCGCAAUGGAGCAGGAAGACAAUGAGCUCCUUACACUUGAACUCAUUCACAGAUAUGUGGAACUACUGGACAAAUAUUUUGGCAGUGUAUGCGAACUGGAUAUUAUUUUCAACUUUGAAAAAGCUUACUUCAUCUUGGACGAGCUAGUGCUUGGUGGUGAGCUGCAAGAGACUAGUAAGAAGAAUGUGCUGAAGGCGAUCGCGGCACAGGACCUGCUCCAAGAGGAGGAGACCCCGCAGGGCUUCUUCGAGGACCACGGCCUCGGCUAAGAGGCCUGCGCCGCAACCUCAUACACACGGACAGUUUUCGGGUACUUACUACAAUUAAGCAUGCAAUAUUUGUGUAACUGGCAGGUAAAAAGUAAACAAAGUGUAAGUAAUAAUACAAUAAAACAUUUGGAGAUUAUUUACAGACUUACAGAUUGUAUACUUCGUGUGAUUAUAUACUGAUAAUUUGAUCCCUGAAUAUGUUCGUAGGUUAUGGCUUCUGACUAAUAGCGAUUACAAUAUGAAAUUUUCAAAACUAAUGUUACUAUAAGUUUCUGUUUCUAUAUUUCAGUAAUAUCUACCUUUAAAUGGACUAUAAAAGGCUCAAAUUUAGAAUGGCGACUUAAAUUUCUUAAAAUUGUUUUAAUGUGAUUUUGAAGUUUUAUAAUAAAUGUGACAAUUUUAAAAGCUUUUAUUUAUGUUCACUUGUAUAUGUGGCCUGGAAUUUUUUUAACCAUCCACUUAAUUAGGUAGAAUUUAAAAAAGAUAUAUUUUUGUAUAUUUUGAAAAAUAUUAUGUACCUACUCUGUCCGUAUGAUUGUAUUUAUAGGUAAUUAGUAAGCAGUCAACAAAUAGAAAUAGACGUGUAAAGAAAAUACUAUAGAUACUAAAUGCACGAAAGUGACCAAUGAAAAAAGUGACCUGUCAAAAUAUGGUUCUUUUAUUGGAUAUUUUUGUUUUAGUUUCAUUGGUCGUUUAGGAUUUUUAUUAAUUAUAAUUUCAAGCAUCAUUGUAAAAAGUAAUUUCAAACACUUUCAUAAUAACGUCAGUUUAAUUUAAGUACUUUAAAACCAGUGGAGUAGCGUGCCUUAGAGGAGCCCUGUAUCAAAAUUUGUCGGGGGUCCCAAAUGAAGGGUAAAGAUUUUUCACAAAAGGAAAAAAACUCACGCAUUGAAUUAAAGUAAUUAUAUAUUGAUUAUAAGUUAUUACUUACAAUUAAUACUCCUAGGAACUAAGCUAGCCAAACAAUUCAAACCAAAAUCCUGUUCCAUAGAAGUCCUUAGAAUUUUUGCUUACAUACGUUCGGGGCCUCUGUAGCCCGGGGGCCCCGUAUCAUUGAUACGGCUGAUACGGCGGUAGCUACGCCCCUGUUUAAAACUCUAGGCGGGAAUACUUUUCAACAAAAAAACGUGCAUUAAUUUAUAGUUUAAUACAUACCGCUUGCAUUGCUAAUUUACAUAAGGUGAGCGCUUACGCUAAACCAUAAAAACGUAUCUAUAGUAUAUUCUAAUAGUUCGUGUAUAUCCCGUUCGCAAAAUGUACUUAACGCUUUGAGGCAACUAUUACUUAAAAUUUUAUUUGUAUUAUUAGGUAUAUUUAGAUAAUAUUUAUAUUUUGUGAAAAUAUUUAUUAGUAUCUGUGCCAAAAAUUUAUAUCAACUAGGCUUGUUCCUAUUAUAAAAACUUAGAUUUAAAAAUAGAGCGAACCGAGUUUACUACAAGUCUCGGCAAAUUGAAUUUUUUUUUUAUAGUUGAGGGGGCAAACGAGCAUGUUAGAUCGGUCUCUGAUACAAAGUAUUACCCGAGUGAAUGAGACUACGGAACACACGUACAUAACAGCGGAGUUCACCUACAGUAGCAACAGAUACUAGACUAAUUGUUAAAUACUGCUUCAAAGAAAAACCCGACUGCGUAAGAAAUUUACUUCUAUAAUAUACGAUUAUGUAAGAACUUUAUCACAGCUUUAUCAUUAGUUUUGGAAAUAUAAGUGAGAAUGGGUUGCUAACCAACUUUAAAUCGUUAUAGAUCCUAAAGGAUUGCAAUUCAAAAUGAAAAAUGAUUACAGAAACCUAAUUUUCAAAGACCUAUUCAAUGAUAUCUAAUUUGACAUAGUUCGUCGACUUUCGUUUUCUUUCACAAUAUGGCGUCUGGUUGUCGCCAUAUUGAAUUUUGAUUACAUGACAGCAAUAAAAAUUAAAUAUAUAAUAGCCUUUAGUGACACUCACAAACAUGUAUAUACAUACAUUAUGCUUAGCCUGAUAAACACGUUACCUUUGGCGUCACGCAGUUGUGUAAAAAUGCGAUGCCCGCGUCGACAGUGCUUAUAUAUCGCGUUAUUUUCUUUGUGUGCUACUGUGGGUGAAUCCCAUCCUUGUUUGCGUAGGUUGUAUGAGGUUUGUGCUCUCUCUUUCACUCUGAUAUUACUCCAUGUAUAUGUUAGGACUAAACGUCGAAGUGCGGAUACACAUAUGUAAGUUUAGCUGGCUAAAAUUACUAACCAUGCAUUAACAUGAAACCUGAGGCCGAUGAUGUCCGGAGCGCGUCGUCUUACGUCGUGGGGUAAUCUAACAAGAACAAAGACUUCUUCUACAUGUAUACUAACUACUACACGGGAUCUAAGGCCUUAAUACAUUGCGCACUUAUUUACGGUCAAUUGUCCAUAACUCCUUUCGUUGACUGCGGGCGUAUUAGAAGACCAGUUCUUCGUUGUGUAAACCGCGAAUAUUGUUUUCGACAAUCUAACACUAAUGAGACUAAGCAAACGCUGUCAUUAUUUCUUUGUGCACUUUGUAAACGUGAUUUGAAGUUUAUUUCCGACUAGCGAUCUACCCCAGUUUCGCACGGGUGAUUUUUGAAUAUCGACAACAGCGCCACCUACCGGGUCCAAGUGUGCAUCUAAAAAUUUAGGGACCCAUUCAAAUACACACAAAAAAAUUCAUCAAAAUCGGCCGAAUCGUUUUUGAGUUUUAACGAGACUAACGGACAGCAAUAGAUUUUUAUAUAUAGUAAGAGACAACAGAAUCUUCACAUAUUAGGAUAUGUCAUACAAAUAUUUGAUAAUAUUUCACUGUUGCUUUGUUCGAUAUAGGUACAUAUUAUUUCUAUUUUCUAUCGUUUAAAACUAAAUCGAUUCUAGAUUCUAUGGCUGUGGGAUGGACUAACGAUGAGGACGACACAUUUUAUGAAAGUUAAUCUUUGAUGAAAGUGUCAUCAUCGUCACUAAACCCCUCCUCCCCUAGUAGCUAUCGAAAUAACAAAUUCAGUUAAGUGAUAGACCGUAAAUACGUAUUUUUUUUUAUAGGAGAGGGAGAUAACGAGCAUGCGGCUCACCUGAUGGUAAGUGACUACCGCCGCCCAUGAACAACCGCCACACCAGGGGAAUUGCAGAUGCGUUGCCGGUCUUUUAGAACGGUGUAAUCUCUUUUCUUGAAGGUUCCAAUGUCGUAUCGGUCCGGGAAAAUCGCUAGUGGUAAUCGAUUUCACAAGGAAAUUGUGCGAGGGAGAAAACUUCUUCUAAAUCGCACAGUGAUGGAUGGUAACGCGAGUUUUGUCGCGAUGUGCGAUGGUGAAAUUGAGCGGCUGGAAUUAAUCCGAACAAUUCCUCAGAGCACUCCCCGUGAUAGAUGCGAUAAAAUACACAAAGAGAUAGAACAUCUCUACGCAGUGCCAGUGUAUCGAGCCAAUCAGCAAGAACUCGUUCGUCGACGAUUCGAACCGCUCUGCGCUGGAUGCGGUCAAGUGGAAGUAGCUGGCACUGGGGUGCCCCGGCCCAGAGAUGAAAACAGUUCCAUUUGAGGCCAAACUUGCGCGUUGUAAAGUUGCAAGCGAUGUGCCGGCAUGAAAUACUGUCUCGCUCUGCUGAACACGCCAAGCUUUUUAGAGGCCAAUUUGGCCUUCCCUUCCAAGUGACCAGGGUUAUUUCGAAAUAACCGGCCAAAUUUGCAGUAAGGUUCAGAAUAAGUAAUAUAGGCAAAUGGUGAAGAAAAAUUAACUAAAAAAAUCUCAAACAUUCUGUGCUUUUAUCUUAAAUUCAAAAUGCGUGGUAAUGCAUUAUCUCAGAGUACAUUCGUAAGGGUCGAUCGGUAGGCAAAAACGUUGUUGCCCAUAAAACACAUUCUAUUCAUUUACUGUGCCAGUACGCGCGCCCGUGCGAUCCUCACCACACACUUUUUGUUCUGAAUUUGCCGCUCUAGUAAUUAGUAUACAUGCAAGUCUUUGAACAAGCCAUGCUAAUGUCGCUCGCUGUACAAACAAGAACGCACGGAAGAAAGAUACGACGUGGAUUGGGCGGCGGCAUCUAAUUCCACGCGAGUCUCUAUUGUGCAUGGCAUGCGUAAUAGGUGCAACCAAAAAUGCACAGCCAAUAAUGUCCUCAGCUAUGGGCAGUCGAACCUUAACUCACUCUCUGAUAUUACUUACUAGGUGCUUACGUAUUUUUGACAAUGGAAGUCACGGACUUUCUAAAUUGUAAUUACAGUAGAACGCCGAUUAUUCGAAUUAAUUGGGACCGGGGUCGAUUCGGAUAAUCGGCCAUAGACUAGUAAUAAGGGAAAAACGAACUGUCACACAUAGAUUAAACUUUAGAAAAAAAAAACGUUCCAAUGUUCCGUUUCACGGAAGCCAUGCGACACAAUGUCUUGCCUCUAGCUUUCAACCUUAAACAGUUGAAAUAUAAUUGACUCCAGCGAGUUCCAACUUAUUACAACAAAACAAAUUACAUUACUUACUUACAGUACUUGAUUUUAAUUUUUUAUAUUAUGCUUAGGACCGAUUCGGAUAAUUGGCGAUUCGGUUAAUCGGCGUUCGGAUAAUCGGCGUUCUACUGUAAUACCAAGUUUUACCCGAUAGCAACUAAUUUUAGCUAUAAUUAUAUCGAAUACAAAAAGUUUAAACCAACCGUAACCAGCGCUGCAACUAGUUGUAGCUGUUCUAAUCCUAGUUGUAACCGCACUUCGGCGUUUAGUCGUAACACACAUCUACAAAAGAGCUACCUAAAGCUGAGGUAAAACGAUAAAAUGGGGAUCGGACAUAUUUACAAAACUAAACUAUAUCGUAACCGUGGGCUAAUUCUAUUGACAAUUUUUAAAAACUUUUCAGCUGCUUUGUAAUGUGUUAAAAAAUAUUGUUAUAUAUUUAUUAUUCUACUUUGUUAUGUAACAUAUUUAUUAUGUAAUAAAGUAACAUUAUUAUAAAAAUAACAUAAUUGUGCUUUCCUGUCUUUUACACUACUGUAUAUUCUCAUUUUCUGUGAAACAUUCCCAUAUCUAAAUUCAUAUCUUAUUACUUUUGUAAAAAAUAGGGAGCCUAAAGAAUUUUGGCUGAUACAUCUAAUUUUGAAAUUUAGAUAAAUAAACUAUUGAACUU